AUGAGUGUGUAAAUUUAGAAAUAUUUAGCAGAUAUUUCACCUAAGUACGAGAAUGACUUUAUUACUUUUGAUUAGUUUAAGGAAAUUAUAAAUUAGAUGGCUAAAAUCGAUAGCAGAUGUGAAUUCAAUGAUGAAGUUAUUCAGUAGUUAUAUGAUUUUGUUUUUUAUAAGUAAAAUGGAUAAGUUUGUUUCGGGGCUGUCGUAGGUCUGACCUUGGAAAUACUUAAGGAGAGAACUAGCUACACUCCUGCAUAAACAUAGGAAUUUGAGGUUUAAAAUCCGAAUCAUAAGACUUUGUGGUAACAGGUUUUACUUGUUAUUGACUAAUUGACCAGUGACACUUUACAUCAGAUGAAGUAUAUUUAUGAGCAGUGUGUAGAAGAUUUGUAUUCUAGUUAAGAUGGAGACAGUGAUGAGGAUGGAUUAGGGAAAAAGAAGUCUAUGGAUCCCACUAAUGGAGUUGAUCUGGACUUUAUUGCCUAGAAAGUAGAACAAAUGAACUCCUUGAAUUAGAGCGAAAAAGAAAAUAUUGAUUUCCUUUUCAAAUGCAUUUAGGAUGAUUAAGGCAGAGUAACGCAUGCCAGUUUAGGUGACUUGAUGAGCUUGUUAGAGUAAUAUUGGAUCAGUUUAGUUUAACAAUAAGCAGGAGAGAGCUAGUAAGCUCAGUCAAACAGAGGAAGUACAGUUAUUUAAAAUACUUAAAAGGUGAAUAGCUUGACUAGACUCGAAGAUGAUGAUGACUAGCAAUCUAAAAAUAAGAAGGAUGAAUAAGACCAGUAAGAUGAAAGCAAAUAAUAUUAUAAGUACGAUUAUAUGCAAGAUCUUGUUCACAAAGUUGAUCAGUUAAAGUAAAUGAAGGGACAGAAAAGUUCAUUUUAUGAAAUAGUGGACGACAUGUUCAAUAAUUUGUUGCUGCUAGGCACGAAGUUGGACUCGUAUGAAAUGGAGUUAGAAUAGUAAACGAAGAAGAGUGCAAAAUAAUAAAAUGAAACGAUGAAGCUAGAAUAAAAAGUAACUUAUUUGGAGACAGAAAUGAAAAGAGUGAUUGAAUAUAAAGAUGAUCUUGAAGCUCAAUUUGAUGAUUUAACAAAAGAGUAUGAUAUUUUAGAAUAGAAGUAUACAAUCAAAGAGUAGACAGAGAAAGAGAAUCAAAAAGCAUUGGAGAAUGUUUCUAAGUUAGAAACUCAAUGUGCCUAAUAUAGCAGAAAGCAAAAAGAGCUCGAAUAGAAGAAUGAGUAGCUCAAAUUAGAAAAUGCAGAUUUAAAAUAGGAAAGUGAUAAAAUGUAUGGUUUGUUUUAAUAGGCUUAAGAAGAGCUAGAUUAGAUUAAACAGCAGCUUUCAUAAAACUAAACAACUCAAGCUUUAAACAAUUUCGAAUAGCAAAAUAAAAACUAAACAGACUAAGUACUCUUGCAGAAAUUAAAAGAUGAAAACAGGGCAAUUUAGAUGAAGUUGCAGAUCUUAAACGACGAAGCUAAAAAGUACAAGCUUUAAUUUGAAAGCAGAGAGGAAGAGUAUUAAGAGCUACAAAGAGUGCAUAAAUAGUUAAUGGUACAAUACGAAGAAGCUUGUAUUGUAGCCAGAGACAAACCCUUAAGGUUAUUCAAUAAUGAUGGUACAGGCAGAAAAUCAACAAGAUAUUCAAUAAAGCCUUUAUCUGGUGGUUUUGGCAGACAAUCUGUCAAUAAAUAAGCAAGACCUUCAAUUCAAUUUGGCAAUAAUAACAAAACUAGCUUAAUAGGAUUUGACAACAAUCAAAACCAAGAUCAAAAUAACAGAAUUUCCUUCAAUUACUCCACAAGAGGCAGCGUCUUCAACGAAGAAAUAAAACAAUCAAAUGGAAAUAACUUUUAUCUCAAUAGUGAAAACUCAAUUCGUUCAAGUGUUAUGAGCGGUAGAUAGUCAGUUAAUUUUGAUAAGUUUUGGGACCAGUUCUAGAAUAGGAUGAGUAUUGCUAAUUAAACUGGAUAGCUUUAAAAAUAAACUUCUUAAAAUGAUAAUUAGCCUGCUUCUAGUCAAGUGCUUGAUCCCAGUCAUCCUUAAUAUUACGCUAACUUUUUAGCCUUUGAUGAAAAUGAAUUGUAUGCUAGAGACUUCUUAAAUUUGAGAGAUCAUAAGAAAAUUCAAUAAAUUUUAGAUAAAUAUAGUGAUGUUGAUAAUCCAAAUGAGAUGAAAUGCUUUAGUGAUUCGAUUUAUAGGAUUAAUAACUCUAAUGAGAGAGAAAGAAGAAUUUUAUUUGCUACUCCUUAUAACAUUUUUAUUUUGCACCCCAAAACUCACAAGGUAAUUCGUAGAAUUCAAAUAGAUAGAAUUACUAAGAUUACUUUUUUGAAUAAAUCUGCUUACUUAUGUGUUAUUAGUAUCAAACAAGAGUAUGAUUAUCUAAUUGAAACCUACAGAAGAGCUGAUUUUAAUAUGUUCUUGAUGUAGACAAUAAAGGAAAGAUAGUUAGCUCCUUAUAAAAUAUAAUUCGCUGAUGAGAUAAAUAUUCAAUUCAGAGGAAUCAAAGAUAAAAUUAAUAUUGGAUAAAUGGACGAAAAAACUCUGCUAAAUAGAUUCUAAGCUUCAUUUAAAUCUGCUCAAAUGGUUGGUUUCUUAGAAAUUUGCAAACAUAACUGGAUCAAAGACUUCUUUUCCGAGCCUUGGAAGGAGUACUUUUUCGUCUUAUCUAAUAUUGGAUUGGUAAGUUUUGCCAAACCAGGUGAUUCCAAGCCCUUACUUUUCAUUCCUAUAAAUGAUGCAUUAGUAAUAAAGGACCCAGCUGGCUAAGAAAAGAAAUUUUGCAUUAAAAUCUUCUAUUAAAACUCCAACUAACACUACAUUCUCGCUUGCUAAAGCAAAGCUGACCAAGACAAAUGGCUUGACUCGAUAAGAAAGGUUAUCUAUCAAAGUGUAAAUAUUAAUGCUAAAAGAGACUAAAUUAUGAAAUCCCAAUAUUUGGACCCUAAGGAUGUCAUUUAAGAACAAGAUGAUGAAAAUUGA